AUGCACCGUCCUUUUUUGGAUACCUUUUCAUUCAGGAAGCUUGGAUUCCGCAACGACUUGCGCUCCGAGUACGUGCAACGCAUUCUCACGGCAGCUCGGUCGCUCGUGCAAGCAUGGCCGUCCGACAUCACCACCAGACCCAAGGACACCUCCGUCGAAGACGGGUGCGUCGCUCUGAACAUUCCUCUUCACAGCUACGACGAGACUCACCGACAACGCCUGACGGAGUACAUCGAGAAGAUCGUUCAUCAGGUUGACCUGCUGCUGCGCAUCCCAAUUUGGGAGCAACCUCUCCGCCUCUCCGCCGUCGUGCAGUGGGCUAAGCAACAUCCAGACGUCUGGCCUUCCUUACUCCAGCUCGCUCUCGACACUUGCCCUUUGCAGUCCACGCACAGCGACGUUGCGCUCGACCCCGCCCUCGACGCGCGGUGCCUCGCCUAUGACAUUGACUCCGCCGACCUGGGAAGACAUCGUCGGCAACGUGCGAAACAAAUCCUUGCAGACACCGAGCCCUACGUCACCCUGCCGAUUACAGCGGGCGAUUUGCAAGCCUUACGGACAUGCCCCUACGACACUCUGCACCAGGCUCGGUUUGGCGACCAGCACAGAUUCCACCCAGCUCUGAACCGCAAGGUUCUCUUCCGAGCCCAGCUCUCCGAAGAGGAGAUUCGGCAAUGGGAAGGGCAGCUGGGCCGCGAUAUCUGGACUGAGACGGCGAUCUGCGACUCCUACCUUCCAGCCCACCUCCUGCGUGACCACGGCACUCGGCAUUCCUUCUCUCGCCUACCACUCUGUGGCGCCCCCGUCGCGUGCUACCUCUGUGGUCAUGGCUGCGAUUCCAAGGCUCACUGCAGUGUUGCCGGACUCGAGGCCGUGCGCCUCGAGGAAGAGUACAGAAAGCGAGUUUUCUACUACGAGGAGCGUGACGGCCCGUUUCCUGUCGCAGGACAAGAAGUCAGACGUGCCGUCAGCGCGCACGCACGCCAUCAGACGCACAGCUACCCUGGAACGCACAAGAUCGACCACGACCUUCCACUACACAACGGCCAAGAGCGGGGUCUAUCCAGCUGCGCUGUGUGCGCCAUGAUGUUCUGGAAGGAAGACCUCGAAGAGUUCGAGCUGUUCGACCCGCGGCCCGCCGAAGGCUCUACAAACGGGCCUCGCCCGGACCUCGACGAGGAUUACGACGGCGAUGAUGGUGAAGUCCAACGCGGCUCCGCCCAGGUUCACGGCACAAGCGUCGUGCACCCUUGGGCCACGGCUUCCGACGGUACUGCCUGCCGUUGGAUACUGGACACCACAGCGAUCCCUGUCUCCAUGGACGGUGGUCCCGGCCUGCUCCCGGACAACACGCUGCAGCCGGACUCCGAGGGUCGCUUCCCCUCCAUACCCACGUGCCUUAGCUGCAGGCUCGACCUCUCCAAGAAAACGCCCCUCCUCCCUCGGUACGCUCUGGCUAACGACAACCUCAUAUUGCGAGAACCUGUCGCAUUCCGGAAAAACGGUGCGAAGCUGUCCCCCAUGACGUUCGCCAUGCUCGCCCUCGCCCGCAUGCUCGUUCGGAAAAUAAUCGCCGAGAAGACAAAGAAGGCAGAUCCCCGCGCGAAGCAGAAGGGGUUGCGUAGCAAUUCAAUUUGCUUCCCGCAGGCUUACGCCAAAGAGCUCGCGACACAAGCCCUACCUGCCGAACACGAGGUUUCUCAGCAAUUCUUCGCCGACGGCCUCUCCAUCGCACUUGCCGGCGCAUCCGUAGACGACUUGGAUAAAGCUACGCUUGCCACGCACUCGACAUUGACGAGAAUGAAGCCGCACGACGACUCCAAGAAGCAGGACACAGCUGCGCAGAGGUUCUCCAACAAGCCACCCGCGUAG